AUGCGUUUCCCUUCCAUUAGAGGCUGGUUGGCCACCGGCGGCCGAGAUAAGAUGGUCAAAGUCUGGGACAUGAGCACCAACCGGGCCAAAGAGAUCUACUGCGUGCAAACGAUUGCCUCCGUAGCCCGGGUCAAGUGGAGGCCCGAGUGCAAGCACCACAUCGCCACCUGCUCGAUGAUGGUGGACCACAACAUCUACGUGUGGGACAUCCGGCGGCCCUUCAUCCCCUCCGCCAUGUUCGAGGAGCACAAAGACGUCACCACGGGGAUCGUCUGGCGCCACCUACACGACCCCUACUUCCUCCUCUCAGGAUCCAAGGACAGCACCCUUUACCAGCACAUCUUCAAGGAUGCCAGCCAGCCGAUCGAGCGGGCCAACCCGGAGGGCCUCUGCUACAGCCUCUUCGGAGACCUGGCAUUCGCAGCCAAGGAGAGCCUCAUUUCCUCCGACUCGAACCGGAAGCCCUACCUCGGCGACCGCCGCCAUCCCAUCUUCUUCAAGCGGAAGCUGGACCCCGCCGAGCAGUUUGAGUUCAUCUCUUCCUCCAGCGCCCUCAGCGUCUUCGAGGCCGACGCAGGGUGCGACGCCAGCAGCAUGGAUUGGUUUGUGCGAACGGCCAGGCAGUACUUGCUGACCGGGCGGCCGCUGGCCGAGCUGUGUGACCACAACGCCAAAGUAGCCAAAGAGCUUAAGCGCAACCAGGUUGCUCAGACGUGGACAAUGCUCCGGAUUAUUUAUUCAAGCCCUAACACCGUCCCUGCCACGAACCUCAACCACAGCCUGGGGAAAAGUAGCUCGAGCCUUCCACUCAUGAACAGGUAAAGAGAAGGGGAGGGGCCUGCCUUGUGGGGACAUGUCCAGUCAAGGGUGACUUGGGGCAAAUCCAGGUGAGACAAAUCCCGGAGCCUUGUAGCCCCCACUUAGAUCAGGAAUCUGGGA